AUGUCAAACCUGUGGUUCGCGCUGGGUGGGAGCUUGGUGUCGUACCAGUGGGUCUGCGAGAGUGGACCGACUUCCGUAGGGCUCAAGCCGGGUUUGAUGUGCUCGGGUCUGCUCGGGGCAGCAUCCACAUGGUGCACGGGCUCGACGUCGCGCGCGCGCGGUGCUCCCGUGCAUCUGGACCGCGGCGCAGGCCAGACGCGGCUCCUCGCGGACACGCACGUCUACGACUGGUGGGACUGGGCGGUGGAAUGGGCCUCUGCGACGCAGCAGGGGUGGGCGCAGGAGCUCAUGGAUGAGGCCGCGCUGCGUGCGCUGCCGCGGCCAUCGGAGAUGCUCGCGGGGGCGAUGGACAACGUUGAGCUCGUCGUCGACAAGAGCAUGUCGGAUGCGAUCUCGUGUUCGCAGCGUCUUCCCCGGGCUUCAGCCCUGUGCGGAUUCAAGACACGGCGCCGCUCGUCGUCGUCCUCAAAAUGGCGUUACGCUUCGCGCUGCACUUCGCCGGCGGCCGUGCUCGUCCGCCCCACCACCGCGCGCUUCAAGUUUCUUGGAGACAACGCGCCCCGAUUGCGAGCCCGAGCGGACUCGAUCGCGAAGUCUAAAACUGAGCCCAUGCGCCCGAGCUGGCACUGGGCGGUCGAGCGCGUCCACACUGUCGACGUGCCUGUCGGCGCGACUGGCGUCGUAGCAGGCGGCCACGUCCCUUGUCCUCCUCCAGUGGAGCAAACAUUCUGGCAGCACCGCGCGCGACGUAGUCGGCAUGGACGAGCGCGUGCUCGUCGCGUCGUGCGGGCAUGCGCGAUGACGAGCGAGCUGCACGGCGCGGGUGCGACGGGCGCUCCGACAGGGUCCAACGCUUGCCCUGACGGCUCGUCUCUACGCGUCGGCUCGCGUCGGCUCUGGUCGGCUCACGACUUGUGCGAUGUCUCAGGUGGGCGCGCCCGCACAAGAAGCUGGGUUUGA